AUAUUUUAUAAAAUUACAACAUUGUAAAUCAAAUCUAACAAAGUUGUUAUUUUUUUUUUUUUUUUUCAAAAAAAAAUGAGACUACUUUUAUCAAUUAUUUUCUUAAUUUUCUCAUUGGCCAAUAUCAACGGUCAAAAUGCCCCAAGCACAAAUUUUGUCUCUUUCCCAAUUACCAUUUAUGACAAUCACCCAUCUUUUAACCCUGAUUUCGAAAAUACAAAUGGAGCACAAAAAGGUUUAGUUAAAACCAGUUUAUCAAAUGGUUUACCUGUUCCUGUUCAAUAUAACGCUUGGAUUAAUAGCUCUUCAUCAUUUAAAGCUUGGUUUUCUCAAGAUCCAGUCAAUAAACCAGUAUUAUUCAAUCUUACAUUCACUCGUGAUAGUAAAAACCCAAAUUAUUUAACAUAUGAUAAUCAAGACUUUUUCCCAAUUGACAAACAAGGUUGGGAAUCAUCACAGUAUUCAUCUUUAGAUCUUCCAAAAUAUAAAGAUUAUAACAAAGACACAAGAAAUUUCCAUUUCUGCCUUCAUUUUUCAAAUACUUUUGAAUCUAAUUGUAAAGAAGUAUUUUCAUUUACCGGUGAUGAUGAUGUUUGGGUUUUUAUUAAUAAUAAACUUGAAUUAGAUCUCGGUGGUGUUCACUCUGCUGAAAGUGGUAAUAUUAAUAUGGCUUCAUUAAAAAAUCAAAAAUGCCAAGAAUCAACUAAAACUAAAGUUGUUUUCAAUACUUUCGAUUUCUUUUAUUGUGAAAGACAUACCACAAGAUCAACUAUGAAAAUUUCAACCAAUAUGCCAUUUACUUGUUCAUACUAUGACUAUUGUUCAGAGUGUCAAGGUAAAGGUGCUUGCUGUGAUCCAUCCUUAGUUCCAAACCCAGAUAAGUGUUCCUAUUUAACCUGUCCACCUUAUGAUACCAAAAUCGAAACUGGUAAAACUUGGAAGGAUUAUAUGAUCAAAAACGACAACUCGAGCUCAUGUGAAGGUAAUGACAAAUGUAGAGUUUAUUCAUGCGACUCAUCUAAAGGUUGUGUAUCAACUCCAAAAGUCUGUAUAAACGAGAAACCAAAAUGCUUUGAUCUAUCAUGUGACUCAACAAGAGGUUGUGUAUAUACCCCAAAAUAUAACGAUCUUGGCAGAGAUGCUUGUUUUGAAACAACCUGUGACGAAAAAAUUGGCUAUAAAAAAACACCAAUUAAAACAUGCCCUGCUGAUGACAACUUAUGUACUAUCGAGUCAUGUAGUAUUACUGCUGGUGGUUGUAUUAGCACACCAAAAGUUAUGGACACAUCCGAUCCAUGUUCCAAUAAUACUUGUAAUCCAAAAAAUGGUGAAGCCUAUGGAGGUUCAAUUCCAAACUGUGAAGCAUGCAAAUGUCCAGACAAGUUUUGUCAAAUCAAAGAAUGUCCUGGUGAUGUAAACAAAUGUGCAUACACUGAUAUCAAAUAUGACAAUAUUAAUGCAUGUACCCAAAGAGCUUGUAACAAAACCAAUGGCCAAAUCUAUGAAAUUCCACACACUUCAUGUUUUGGUGAUACCUGUAAUACAUACACCUGCGAUUCAAAAACUGCUACUUGCACAUCAAAUUCAACCAAAGUAUGCGAUGAUAACGACAUCUGUACCUUAAACGAAUGUAAAAAUGGUGAAUGUAUUUUUACACCACGUUCAUGCAAUGAUAACAACCUAUGUACAAUUGACUCAUGUGAUUCCACUGCCGAUGGUGAUGGUUGUGUUCAUGAAGAAAUUGAGUGUGCUCAAGAAUCACUCUGCUCUACCUACAAAUGUAACGAAAAGACAGGUAAGUGUGAAGCCACACCUAUUGUUUGUGAAACUGCAAACUUUUGUUUAGGUGCCACUUGUCAAGAAGGUGUUGGUUGUGUUGAAUUCAAUAGAACCUGUGCCCCAGAUGAUGAUUGUUCAAAUGCCAAGUGCGAUUGGGAACAAGGUAAAUGUAUUUCUAAAAAAUAUGACCCAUUACCAUUUGUUUGUCAACCAAUUGGUGUCAAAGUUGGUGUUGGUGCUGCUGUAGGUAUUGCUAUUGCUGGUGCUGUUGCAUUAGGUGUUGCUAUUUUUGGUGGUAAAAAAGGUUACGAUUACUGGAAGAACUCACAAGAUAUCAAGAUGUCUGCUUCAAAUUCGAAUCCACUCUACGAACACAAUCCAAAUGCUCAAGGCGAUAAUCCAUUAUACACUCAUCGUGAAUAGUUUAUUUAAUAACCAAUAAUUUUAAAAAAAAAAAAAAAAAGAAAAGAAAAGAAAAAGAAAAAAUCAAUUACUUUUAUUUUAAAAGUUUUUCAUUAAAAAUAAUUUUUAUU